AUGGAAAUAGAAGGAGGAGGAUUUUUAUCAAGUAAUAACCAACAGGGAAUAAUGAUUGCUAGAUCAUUAAGAAGACUUACAUGUAAACAAUUAAACAAUGCGGUUACAGAUGAAAGUAAUCCAAACAUCUUUCUAGUUGAUACAACCAGUAUCAAUACAGUUGUUUUAAUAGGAUUUGUAAAGUCUGUUAAUAAGACAAACGCAGGAGUUAUUUUUACACUAACCGACACUACUGAUAAUAUCAGUUGUGCAUUCUUUACUAAUAAUAGUUAUGAGGAAAUACAAAUACCACUAGUUGUAGAGGGUGGUUUAAUUAAAGUUGUUGGAAAGUUAAGAACAUUCAAUGAAAAGAAAAGUGUAACAGUAACACAUGUAUUAGAAUGUGAAGGCAAUGAUUUUAUUUAUCACUUAACAGAAGCAUUUUAUGAAUAUUUAUUUAAUACGAAUGUAAUAACUCCACCUAAAAAGAAAACUAAUACAAAUAUUGAAAGUGAUGUACUUUCAGUAUUUAGAAAUAAUCAAGGAGAUGAAGGAUUAGAAAUUGAUACAGUUGUUGGUAUGUUAAGUGGGAAUUAUAGAGAAACUGAAAUUAGAGAUGUUAUAAAUAAUUUACAAUUAGAAUGUCAAAUUUAUAACGUUGAUGAUACAAAAUAUAAAACAACUACUUAA